GUGGUUGAAGUUGCAAACCUGGGGAUCGUAGGUUUCUGUGCCUGGUUAUGCAAACUAGACACAGCUGCUACACUAUGACGAAUGUUAAAAGGUAACUGACCCUGAAAGUGGUACGUGGAGUGAAAUGGAAGCGACACUGAUGCUCCAAGGCUGCCGUUAACAUUUCAAGCGUCAUGGACUCCACCGGGCUGCCAGUGAAACUCCUUGCCUUCAAUGGCGAGGUUCUGACCUUCCAGGUCUCGGGAUCGGAACUGCGGUUCCGAAGGACGGCGUUCCGGCAAAGCACGGGGCGUUUCUCCGUGACAUCCGAAGGGUCGGCACUCGUCAGCAAUGACGGCAAAAACGUUGACAUUCUCUGCUGCAGCUCUGCUUUAGAUGUAAAAAGUGGCCUGGUGGUGCCUUGUGUUUUGCUCAAACAGAACAAAAGAAAAAAGGCAUGUUUCCAGUAUACCCUGUUCACAUUAAACACUGCCAGUUCUUUGGAGCCCCAGAUGAAGUUUAAAUUGCAGUAUGAAAUGAGAGAAAAUGUAGCACUGUUGCAGGGUCCUACUGUCUUGUGGAGUCACGAGGAGACAGUUUAUUGGACAUCUUUACAGGCUGGCAAAGUAACGCCGGUCCCUGUUCUGUUUUCAUCAGUGUGCUUUAUUGGAGAAGUGGCCGUGGGAAUCCAAGACAUCAUUAUACUAGGUACCCAAACACGGGCUGCAGAACAGCCGGUGAUGUUCCUUGGUUAUCUCCUCGGAGCUGGAAGAAGUUUCGAUGGAGCUUGGCUGCUACCUCAUGAGUACAGUUCUGUAGUCACAUGUUUGCUUAUCGUCACUGCUGAAGAAGUAAAUGGGGAAAUGAAGACGUGUGUGGUCGCAGCAACGAGUAAAAAUCAGCUGGUAUGGUUUGAGGAUGGAGUUCCCAGAGAGGUCUGCCAGCUGCCGUUUGAACAAGCCCAGAACAUUCAGACAGUCACAACGGGCAGAGACAGCUGCCUGCUUGUUGUAACUUUCCGCUUUGGAAAUGUAUGUGCUGUAUGGAAAGAAGGUUUUCAGGUUGCUUCUAGGUGGGAGGGAGUCGGUGCUCUCCAUGUUGAUGACUUUGUUGGUUGUGGGAAUGACCAGAUCUUAUUGGUUUUUGAGAACCACACCACAGCUGAUGAUGUUCUGAGGGACUUCAGACUCACAGAUCUUGGUGCAAUUGCCUACACGAGUAGUGUCGACACUUGUGAAGAUCUGAAUGCAGACGGGGCUGUUCAGGAAAAUUAUCAUAUUUUUGUGCAAGCACUGGAAACCAGACUACAGUGUGGUUUGUCCUCAGUCCAGAAUAUUCAGCUUGAUUUGGAUCUGAAGGACCGAGUUCUGUUGCAGUCUGUCCAAGCAUUUACAGGCCUCAUCAAAGGAGAGGAGAACAUCCUGUCAAAGGGAGAAGAGGAGGGCCUAGUGUCCCUGUGGGAAGAAGACACCGCUGUGGACAGCCCAGGUGAGGAGGCUCCAGUGGCGCAUGUGGGCCUCCGCGGUCUGGCAGAGAAGGUCUGGCAGCGUGUUGUUGGCGACAGCUGGGUCGUGGGCGUGAGGCUGGCAGAGGAGGCCUCUCUAUCAGUGGGCGAAGUGAGUUUAUCGGUGCUGAUGGAGCAGGGCUUCAGAAAGGCCCCUACAGUAAUCCAGACACGCAGCAGUGUGCUGCAGCUCGGCAAACUCCCCUUCCCCUGCCCGUCCUCCCAGUGUCGGGCCGAGCCCGCAGCAAAAAAGACUAGGCUGGGGCCCAGGCUGCAGAGUGUGGGGCAGUUUGGCACGGUGGCGGGGGGGCGUGCGGAAAUUGCCAAGAAUCGGGCACGCACCGUGAUCGCCGCCACUGAGCUGGCGCCGCUUGUGGCCUUUGUACACCUAGACUGCCAUUUAAUGCUUCAUGCCACAGCUGCACAGAAUCCAGGCAUCAGGGGGGGAGGGCAGCCAGUGAUUGUGCAGUGUGGUAGAGUUUCUCUGGACAUCAAGGACAUUUCUGCUGGAAAACUCUUCCCGAAAUCGUUGAACAGCAAAUGUGCUACAGAGGAAGCUGUGGAAGAUUUUCUCAGCCUUACAAUGGUAUUAAAAAAGUGGUUAUUCCAGAUAAGAUCUCCAAGCUAUACUCUUUGUGAUAUUUCAAAAUGGCUCUUGGGACCAAUGCAGUGCCAAAGACUUUAUGUUAACCCAGACUAUCUACUACUGAAUAAUGUGGACACUUCCAAUAUGAUGUUAAUCAGUUGGCAAGAGAAAACAGCCUUUGAGGGAAUUUUGCUAAUCCAUUGCAGUUGCCAGACCAGCUUACUGAGGUUUUUAAAUUCACUGUGUACCUUUCUGCCAUCAUCCUGUGAGGUAAAGCAGCUGAAAGCGGGACACGCAGAAGACCUGGCUGAAAGCUUAGCAUCAUCCUUAGAGGAAGAGGUGUGGACCGUUAGGAACUGGAUUUCCUCGCUGAUCACUAACCCCACGAGUGAAAAGCAACUUGCAUCAGCUCUGCCCCUUUGCCAACCCUCCCCAGGUUUGGCCGGACAGCUUCAGCAGUACAGAGAGGAGUUUGAAAGAGACAGGAAGCUGAGCCACUUCAGUUUAAACUCGGAGGUAGAAGUACACCUCUAUCGACAGCUCACAGAGGCCCUGGCUGAUGUUCAGCUAGCAGGAGACAAGGUGGCAUGGGCACUCUGUAAAUCCUAGUGGCCUUCCCCCACUGUGCAUGGUAGCACUGGGGGAUUGGCUUAAAAGCAUUUGGAUGGGAUACAGUGAUUUUAUUACAAAAAAAGACUAGGUAUUCCUGUCUAGUUUUUUUUUUUACACUUUGGUGAUCUGAAAUUAAUAUAAUAUCAAAUUAUAAUAUUCUGGAUAUAUAACAUAUUCUGGUAAGAUGUGUAAAGAAUGGAACUGUUUUCAUAUAGCUUCAGUUUUAAUUCAUCCUUGUGUGGUAUUCAUUACAUGUUAAUGUUUCUUAAGGUUAAAGUUGAUAACGUUUACAUUUUCUGCAUUUACUGUAUCAUUUGUCCUUGUGUCCGUGACAUGUCCUUUCACUACAGGCAGAAACCCUGAAAGCAUAGCAGCUCCUGGUAUAACUUUUGUAAUGAGUUCGGUAUUAAACCUUGUGAAUCUAGGAUUUCACAUUACA